ACUCAGACAAUUGGACCCUCAUUAUGGCUGAUACCAUGCAGGAGAACCCGCAAACUCAGUACUAUGUCCUGGUUACGGGCGCAAACAGCGGCGUCGGCUUCGACAUCUGCAAACGCCUAAUCACCGAUUUUUUCAAAACCCGCCCAGCUACCCACCACCUAACCAUAAUCUUCACCACCCGAAGCACCAAAAAAGCCACCGACACCCUCCGCCGUCUCCAAGCCCACCUCCCCUCCACCUCGACCCCCAAAAUCACCCUCCACCCCGAAACAGUCGACCUCUCCAACCUCCUCUCCGUCCGCGCCCUCUCCCGCCGUCUCACCACCACAAUCCCCCACCUCGACAACAUCAUCCUCAACGCCGGCAUCGGCGGCUGGACAGGCAUCAAUUGGCUCUCCGCCAUCUACGGCGUGCUCACUGAUCUCGUUCACCAGGUUACAUGGUUCACGCAUAAGAUUGCCCCCGCGGGGAUGGUUACUUCGUCUCAAACGACCAUGGUCUCGGGAUCUGAGCCUAGAUUAGGCGCGAUUUUCUGCGCGAAUGUCUUUGGUCAUUAUAUGCUAUCGCAUAACCUUAUGCCAUUGCUUCAUCGGUCCAGACAGCCAGGGAGGGUGAUCUGGAUGUCCAGUCUCGAGGCGACGAUCCAGCAUUUUAAUGUUGAUGAUUUGCAAGGGUUGAGAACGACGGUGCCGUAUGAGUCGUCUAAAACUUUGACGGAUGUUUUGGCCCUCACGGCGGAUUUACCUUCUACGAGGCCGUGGGUUGAUGGGUAUUAUGCUGUUAGUUCGACGGGGAGUGUUGUUUCUGAGGAUCAAGGUGAGGUGAAAACCUACCUCGCGCACCCCGGUAUCUGCGGUACGGGGAUCCUGCCCCUUGCGCUGCCGCUCUUCUGGGCGAUGAUUGCGGCGUUUUGGAUGGCGAGGAUGCUGGGGUCGCCGUGGCAUACGCUGUCGACGUAUGGCGGGGCGAGUGCGCCGGUGUGGUUGGCGGUGUCGCGGCAGAAGGAGCUGGAUGAGGCGGAGGAGCAGUAUCGGGCUCAUGGUGGAGGGUGUGUGAAGUGGGGGUCGUCGUGUGAUCGGUGGGGAAGGGAUCGGGCGGUUUCGACGGAGGUGGAUGGUUGGGGACAUGGGGGGGUGGUUGGGCAGAUGGUGGUGGAGGAGGACCGGUUGCGGAGGAGGAAGCGCGGGAUGAAGGAUUUGACGGCGGAGGAGAAGGAGGCGUUUGAGGAGUUGGGGAGGAAGUGUUGGAGGCAGAUGGAGGAAUUGAGGGUGCAGUGGGAGGAGAUUUUGGAGAAGGAGGAGAGGGAGAAGGGG